AUGUACAACUUUGUAAAAAUAUUUCGCUCAAACUUCAUAGACAUAAAUGCUGCAAACAAAUUUGAAAUUUUUUUAAAAACGAUACUGCGCAUUUAUAAGACGCCAGCCCGAACGCACCUACUGGCGCAUGCAGCGGAUAUAUCGGCCAUAUACGGGGUGAGGCAAAUAUACAAUUAUAUGAAGAACGAUGAAGAAGGAAGAACUGUGCUGAAAGAAAAACCAUUGCUAAUACGACAGGACAUACAAUUUAAUGAGUUAAAGAAACUGCCAAAAAAUACACUAGGAUAUAAGUAUAUGGAAUUUCUGGAAACUAUCUCAUUUUUUACAGAUUUAAAUUAUUCCUACAUUUUAACAAGAUAUAGACAGAUCCACGAUAUUGGCCACGUGGUUUAUAAUUUAAAUAUAUCGAUCGAGUCCGAAGCAGCACUGAAAUUAAUUGAACUUGUGCAAACCAAAUUGCCAAUAACUCUGCUAGCCAUUUUAGUAGCCCCCUUCAUGACGCCAUUAUAUCGUUUUCAAUACAUCUUUAAAGACUCCAUUCCUCCCAAUUUUCUAACACCCAACUUUGAUUAUACCUACAAUGAUGGGUACAAUUAUUUGGACGAGUUAUCCAUCAAACAGUAUGAGUAUAAUCUGACGGACUACUUUCACGUGGAUAAAAGAAACGACGGAAAUUUCUACUCGAAAAUAUAUCAAUACUACUUUGACAAUAUAAAUAAUUCUUCCACCGUCCGAGGCUCCAUCUUAUACGGGUUUGAAAACAAAAGCAAUAAUGACAUUAUAUAUGACCAUCCCAAUAGGGAGUACAUUUUUUUAAAAAAUUUGAAAAAAAAAUAUCUUCUUUUUCAGUACAAGCCAAGAAAAACUUUAUUACGCGAGUUAUAUCCGUGGGCGUACAUGGCGGGGGUGUCAACAACGAAACCGCUGCAUUCCAUCCAUAUCGAAAAAUGGCUAGACAAGGACAUCGACUUGUUCAGGCGCACGUACAAUAUUACUCCCCUCCCCGAUCACUUGAAUUUGAUGGCUGGGAUUAAUUGA